AUGCGCCGACGACUGAAGUGUGCCCACGGGGGCCCCGACUCGAGCAGCCUCUACAAGAUCCCCCACGUGGCGGGGGAAGCAUGGGGUCUCUCCCCGCGUGAGUGGGGGGAGGUGCAGUCGGGGCUUCACGAGGAAACGCCGUUAGCCAGCCAGGAGUUCGGCCAACAGGGAAGCGCGACGCAAAGAAGCCCGGGACCUGAUGAGGGGUGUGAAACUGAGCCCGCACCUCCCGCGCGGGCUGACAUUCGCGCAGCGUCGGCGCGCGCAGAGGAGCCACCUGGCGAGGAUCCGCGGCGAAGGGAGGGCCGUUGGUCACUUCAAUGUGUACGUGAGUCGGCUCUCCACUCGCCCGCGCCUGACGCACAACCUCCGCAAACGCACUCGUGGCCCGAUCGAGGGCAGGAUCCUGCCCGCGACCGUUACCGCCACGCCCACCACCAUUCCGCCGGCCCCGUCGGCCUCCGGAACCAGCCGAAUGCGGACGCGGAGGGGACUGCUCGCGACGACCCGACUCCCAGCGACGCCCAAGUGACCCCCUCCCCCGCGUCGCCGGAGAUCGCCGCGGAGAGCGUUGCGCGGGGGAUCGCGCUCGGGGAGAAGGGCGGCGAGGAGAGUGCUGCUGCGGAAGCUAACGCGGAGGCGAGCGCCCGCGCUCCUGCCGCGGCUGGCCGUCCGGGCGGUUCGACGCAACGCGUGCAGGGGCCCACGAAUACUCCGGCGAGGUGGGGCGCGCAGCAGGCCGAUGGGGAAGAGUUAGCACCCGCUCGAAGCGGCGGACGGGCUCUCUUGCGGAGGGGUGCGCAGGGACACGCGGGCGAAGACCGGCAGGCACAGGCUCCGGCAGCGCGCUCUCCGCGGAACCCUCGAGCUCCGUAUCCCGUCUCGCGGAUGGAUCCAUCACCCCCGACAGCACCGCAGCCGACGCCAGCGCGCCGACCAAUUGAGGACGCGACGGAUGAGGCGCCCCAGACAAGGCGCGCGGGAGCUGCGGGAGGAAGAGGAACGCGGGGAAUACGCGUGGGACGCGGCAGCAACCGCCGCGGACGUCGUGGGAACGGGAGAGGACGAAGAGGUGGAGGAGCACGAGGCACAAAUCGGCGCCGCACUGGCGCAAGCGGUUACGCGAGAACUGCAGAAUGGCUAAUGCGUGAAGGCGCGGAAGGCGGCGAGGAGGUGCCUAGCGAGGAGGCAGAGGACGAUGUCGAGAACGAAGAAAGCGAAGGGGCUGACCCUGCUUUUAACCCAGAAAGAGAGGGGAUGUUAGAAGCAGAGGCCGAGGAGGACGAGGAAGAGUUGGAGCUGCUGCUUCGGGAAGCGGAGUUCCCAAACCAGCAGGCCAUAGGCGAACCUGCAAACCGAACCUCAGGUUGA